AUCGUUAGUCUGUAUACAAUGUAUGAGGAAGGAACCUACGUACAUACAGACAUGAAUAUUCAGAUGACUAGUUCUGCAAGGUCGGGUACUGGGAAUGGUGCUUACGAGAAGAUACGCACCACUGAAAACUGGAGGAAAGCCUGGAGGAAGUGCUUACUGGCAGUUUGUGGGUUUGCUUUGGCUAUUGAUACUUUGUUUCUCUUUAUUCCUGAAAUUAACUAUCUACAAAAAUGUAUCGGUUUCAACGAAAAGCUUAGAACAACAGUUUGUUUCUUUCGUAUCUUCAUUGACCUAUUAUAUGUUGGUAUCAUCAUUUUCUCCAAAACACCUUUGAGAGGCAAGAUGAGCGGAACAAAAAGACUCAUCUACUUUAUUGUUGACAUUGUUUCUCUUCUCCCCAUUCCUGUGGUAAUGGUUUUCUACCUCCGUACUGAAUGGUCUAGCAAUCUGGUGACUAAUAGAGUGCUCAAGUGGACCAUAGUAGCGCAGUAUUUACCAAGAAUCAUUCGCAUCCAUCCGAUUUACAAAGCCGUGACAAAAACCACUACGACAAUAGCAGAAUCAAAGUGGAUUGGAGCUCUUUUAAACCUUUCGCUCUUCCUGUUGUGUAGUUAUGUGUUUGGGGCUUUCUGGUACGUUACUGCAAUUGAAAAGCGAAGCAGAUGCUGGCGUAACGCUUGGGUGGAUAAGACUAACUUUUGGAUGAAUAAGACUAAUAACUUGUCUGGCGUUUUGCCACCACGCAAUCUCACGGAGCUGUAUUGUGCUCAUUUAGUAGAUGGUAAAAACAACAGUGUUUUUCUGUUUCAUACAUGCCUAAUAAAAGACCCUGAAAAAAUCCCAAAACCAUCCAAAUACUUGGCCGGGAUCGAAACCAAACGAAUAUACGACUAUGGUAUGUACGGUGAAGUAGUGAAGUCUGAGGUGGGAAGUGCUAAUCUAAGGGAUUUUCCAAAGAAGUUCUUCUACUGCUUUUGGUGGGGUCUCCGAAAUCUUAGUACGUUUGGUGAAAGCCUGAAGCCAGGCAACUCGGCAACAGAUAUCUUUUUGGCUAUCAUCAUAUGCGCUUGUGGUUUAUUCUUGGUUGCUGUACUCAUUGGAAACGUUCAGAAAUAUUUGCUAACAAGUACCGUCAGAUCAGACGAAAUGCUGGAGAGAAAGAAAGACACAGAAGCAUGGAUGACUUUUAGGAAACUACCAGAAGAUCUUAAGAAACGCAUUAAGGAAAACGAGAAAACCCUAUGGAAAAAUGUGAGGGGCACUGAUGAAGAAUCUCUUCUUCGUCGCUUGCCUGAAGAGCUCAGACGCGAAACUCAACCCUAUCUACUUGAUGAUUGAAGGAAAUGUCUCUCCGGAGAUUAAAUCCGUUAAACUGGAUUGGCAUCAAACUGGAGUAGAAUAAUCCGUUAAUAAUGGAAGAAUAUAAUGUGCCUUCCUAAUGUUUUACUAUUGUUUAGGGACUUUAUCUUCCCACCUUUCCCAAUUCCCUCUUGUAUUUAUGAAUCCUUUUAGUUUGCAUCCAUCUAUUGUAUUUGUAUCCUUCUAUCUAAUGAAAAAAAACUCCAUAAAGAGGCAGACUUAAUCUGCCC